UCAAGCAUCCCUCUCCUCACUCCUCCUCUCUCUCUCUGUUUCAUUCAUUCUUUCCCAUCAGAGAUGGCGCCUCUGUCUUUGGCGAUAUUGGUGCUGUUGGGUCAUUUGAUGGCCAUCUCAGAGGCCAAUUUCCACCAGCAUUUCGACGUCACUUGGGGCCAUCACCGAGCCCAGAUCAAGGACGGCGGCCAGCUCCUAACCCUCUCCCUCGAAAAGGAUUCCGGCGCAGGGUUCCAGUCCAAGAGCCAGUACCUCUUCGGCCGAAUCGAUAUGCAGAUCAAGCUCGUCGCUGGCAACUCUGCUGGCACCGUUACCACAUUUUAUGUCUCUCCUCAGCUGUCCUCCCAAGGACCAAACCACGACGAAAUCGACUUCGAGUUUCUGGGUAACUCCUCUGGCGAUCCUUACACCCUUCACACCAACGUUUUCAGCCAGGGGAAAGGAAACCGAGAACAGCAGUUCCAUCUUUGGUUCGACCCAACCACCGCUUUCCACACCUACACCAUCCUCUGGAACUCUCAGCGAAUCAUAUUCCUAGUGGACAACAUACCAAUAAGAGUGUUCAGUAACUUGGAAUCAAUGGGAGUGCCAUUCCCCAACAAGCAGCCGAUGAGCAUUCACUCCAGCUUGUGGAAUGCGGACGAUUGGGCUACCCAAGGCGGGCGGGUGAAGGCCGAUUGGACCAAGGCUCCUUUCGUGGCUUCUUACAAAAACUUCAAAGCAGAGGCCUGCAUCUGGAACCCAUCCUCUGCUUCCUCUGCAUGUUCACCGGGAGCUUGGCAAACACAAGGAUUGGACGCCGCCGGUCGGAACAGAAUCCGAUGGGUGCAAAGCAAGUAUCUCAUCUAUAACUACUGCACCGACCGCAAACGCUUCCCGCAGGGUGUUCCCGUGGAAUGCAAGCAAUCUAGGUUCCUCUGAUGGUGAUGGUGGAAAACUUUCUGUCAUAUCGUCAAUUAUUCAAUUCAUUCUUUGUACAAUAUUGCAUGGCUCAAUCACAUGAUUGCGUGUAUUCUUGCUUGUAUGAGUG